GCAAUUCUCCAUCAUUAUUUGCCAUCGUUUCUCGGUUAAGCCGACAUGCUGUUCGUCGACUUCCCCUGUCUAUGAUGUUUUUUUUUUGGUGUUGUUGUAUAGUUUUAGUCAGCCUCUUUGAGAUUUGGUUUCCCCGGCUUAUUUUAAUGGUGGUUGAGCUUCGGUUUGUAUUUGUUUUUAUUUCUCACUUUUAUUUUCAGGUCUCCGGCCAAGAGAGUAGUUAUACAGACCUAGUGAUGAAAAUGUGUGUUUGAGAUUUCAAACCGAAGCGCAUUUGUUUUUAUAGUAAAUCUACCAUCAUUGCUAAUUGUAAUUAAAGAACAACUUUAAAAUCUCUGUUAAACCUAAUUUGAUUUGGUAAAGAUAUUUGGCUCGUUCCAUAGAUUCAAAUCUGAAGCUUGUCCUCAUGCACGCUCCUUAGUCACCAUCUCAUGCACUACGUGUCCCCCACCUGCUGCCGCUUCUCCUCUUCAAAACACUUAUUCGCCAGCUCUUGUCCUCCCUUUGUCUCUCUCAUUUUCCUUAUGAUCUCUUCUGAUAUCCAACGACUAUCGUCAUCAAUGGCUGAUCGUUCGCCGAUACACCAGGUUCAGAUGCACCCAGAGCUCCGACAUGAACAGAAGGUUCCUUCAAGCUCUAAAGCACUGGUGAUGGUCACCCUUCUCCCAAUCAGUGGUGGACUUCUUGCACUUUCGGGUGUAACUUUAAUUGGUUCCCUCAUUGGUCUUGCUAUUACCACCCCUCUUUUUUUCAUCUUUAGCCCCGUUCUCGUUCCGGCAGCUUUUGUCCUUGGGAUUGCUGUGGUGGCUUGUUUGGCUUCUGGGGCAUUUGGGCUGACGGGGAUGACAUCGCUGUCGUGGAUGUUGCAGUACCAUCGGCAGGCUACACAGGCCAUGCCGGAGCAGCUAGAUCAGGCAAUGAAGAGCAUUCAGGAUAUGGCUGCUUUCGUGGGACAGAAGACUAAGGAAAUGGGGCAAGAAAUCCAGAGGAGUCACUUGCAAGGAAAUGAUAAAUAAGAGGGAAUUAAUGGUUGUUCUUGUUGAGUUAUUCGUUAUUCGCAAGGGGCAUAGAUAGAUGCGUUUGGUUCAUGGGCACUUCUUCUGUUGGAUUUGUAUAUUUCUUUUGUCUUUGUGGUCCGAUUCUUGAAUUUCAAUUUUCUUGCAUGUUCACAGAA